AUGGCAAGAGAGUAUGACAAAGCAAUUGAAGCCUGGUCAAAAGCGGUUUCCGUGUAUGAGAACUUGUCAGAAAACAACGGAUACACGCGGGCUCUUCCGCUAGUCAACAUUGGGACGGCGCACUGGCUGCUCGGUGACUUGAAGCAGGCAUCCUUGGUCCUAGGACAAGGGCUGGAAGAGAGAGAAGCCAUGUCUGGCCCCAACGACAAAGAGUCGUUCGGGACCGUCCGUUUCCUGCAUGCAUUAGGCAAUGUCCGCGCUUCACUGGGCCUGCCUGACGAUAGUGAAAAGUUGCAUAAAAGGGCGCUUGGGCAAUAUCAAUCCACUAUUGGCAGCGAACAUCAUCGAGCUGCAGAUGUUUGCCACCGAGUCGCUCAACAUUGCAUGCAUCGAGGCCAUUUCAAGGACGCGUUGACGUUGGUAGACCAGGCCCUACGAGUGUGGAACGCAGAUCGAGACGUGUAUCUUCCCGGGAUCGGCCGCACGUCGUUAUUGAAAGCUAAGAUUCUUUUUCGUAUGGAUGAAAACCGCACGACAACUCCGUUGAUAUUCAGGCAAGCGGCAUCAGGUUGGAAGCCUAUCACUGGAUCCAAAGAGGUUGAAGACGAGAAUCUUUCUGAGGAGCAUUUCGACGAAUUGGUAACAUUUUGGUCAAAAUGA